CCUCCACCUCCUCUUCCUAAAGCGGCGAGGAGCAGACGAGCGGCAUCACUCGAGCCCAGGUCCCGGCCACCGCCACACACGGUGCCCAGCGUUCAGUAGGGGGAGCAGCAGCUGAGGCGGCUGCCACAGCGGCGGGCCGGCGCCAGAAAGGCCCCGGUCGAAAAGCCUGGGAGGGCCGCCGACCUACCCCCGGAGGAGGAGCCAGUCGGAGCCCAAGGCGCCACCGCCGCCGAAGCCGCGCGGAGCUGCUUUCGCCUUCAUGGCCCACUCACCGGUGGCGGUCCAAGUGCCCGGUAUGCAGAAUAAUAUAGCCGAUCCAGAAGAACUGUUCACAAAAUUAGAACGCAUUGGAAAAGGCUCCUUUGGAGAAGUGUUCAAAGGUAUUGAUAACCGUACCCAGCAAGUGGUUGCUAUUAAAAUCAUAGACCUUGAGGAAGCCGAAGAUGAAAUUGAAGACAUUCAGCAAGAAAUAACUGUUUUGAGUCAGUGUGACAGCUCAUAUGUAACAAAAUACUAUGGAUCAUAUUUAAAGGGAUCAAAAUUAUGGAUAAUAAUGGAAUACCUGGGUGGCGGUUCAGCACUGGAUCUUCUGAGAGCUGGUCCAUUUGAUGAGUUCCAGAUCGCUACCAUGCUAAAGGAAAUUUUGAAAGGUCUGGACUACCUGCAUUCAGAAAAGAAAAUUCACCGAGACAUAAAAGCUGCCAAUGUCUUGCUCUCAGAACAAGGAGAUGUGAAACUUGCUGACUUUGGAGUUGCUGGCCAACUGACAGAUACACAAAUUAAAAGAAAUACCUUUGUGGGAACACCAUUUUGGAUGGCUCCUGAAGUUAUCCAGCAGUCAGCUUAUGACUCAAAAGCUGACAUUUGGUCACUGGGAAUUACUGCUAUUGAACUAGCCAAGGGAGAGCCACCUAACUCCGAUAUGCAUCCUAUGAGAGUUCUGUUUCUUAUUCCAAAAAACAAUCCUCCAACUCUUGUCGGAGACUUUACUAAAUCCUUUAAGGAGUUUAUUGAUGCUUGCCUGAACAAAGAUCCAUCAUUUCGUCCUACAGCUAAAGAACUUCUGAAACAUAAAUUCAUUGUAAAAAAUUCAAAGAAGACUUCUUAUCUGACUGAACUGAUAGAUCGAUUUAAGAGAUGGAAGGCGGAAGGACACAGUGAUGACGAAUCUGAUUCUGAGGGCUCUGAUUCGGAAUCCACCAGCAGGGAAAAUAAUACUCAUCCUGAAUGGAGCUUUACCACCGUGCGAAAGAAGCCUGAUCCAAAGAAACUACAGAAUGGGGCAGAGCAAGAUCUUGUACAAACCCUGAGCUGUUUGUCUAUGAUAAUCACACCUGCAUUUGCUGAACUAUUGAUCUUUCUCAGCUUAAACAGCAGGAUGAGAAUAAUGCUAGCAGGAAUCAGGCAAUCGAAGAACUGGAGAAAAGUAUUGCUGUGGCUGAAGCUGCCUGCCCUGGCAUCACAGACAAAAUGGUGAAGAAAUUAAUUGAAAAAUUUCAAAAGUGUUCAGCAGAUGAAUCCCCCUAAGAAACUCCUUGUUAGUGGCUUCUAUUUCAUAUGGACCCAGAGAAACCCACCAAAGCUACUUCAAGCUUAACAAUGCUUAACUCAUGAGCUCCACGUGCCUUUUGGAUCUUUGCGACAUUGAAGAUUUGGAAGAAGCUAUUCAACUAUUUUGUGAUGGUGUUUAUCAUUUUAUAUUUUAAAGAGAUUAUUUUGUAAGGAAUAACUUUUAAUACUAUAGUUUCACCUGUAUUCUAGUAAAUGUUGAGAUGCAGUUUUGCUUUUAGGUAUCAUUAUUACUUAAGUUACUAGGAUGAAUACCUUUCAUGUUUUGAUCUUUAGUUAACUGUACAGUUAUGAAACAUACAGGUCUUUCAAAGUCAUCCUAAAUAUUCAACUUUUGUAAUCAUCAAGCCUCAAAAAGCUUUUUUUUAAACACAAGCAUAUUCUAAAAAUGACUACUGGUGGGGAGGCGGAAACAAGUCACACGUUCUUAAAGCAGAAGGUUUUUUUUUAAUUUAUUUUUGGCUGUGUCGGAUCUUCGUUUCUGUGUGAGGGCUUUCUCUAGUUGUGGCAAGCGGGGGCACUCUUCAUCGCGGUGCGCGGGCCUCUCACUAUCGCGGCCUCUCUUGUUGCGGAGCACAGGCUCCAGACGCGCAGGUUCAGUAGUUGUGGCUCACAGGCCUAGUUGCUCCAAGGCAUGUGGGAUCUUCCCAGACCAGGGCUCGAACCCGUGCCCCCUGCAUUAGCAGGCAGAUUCUCAACCACUGCGCCACCAGGGAAGCCCAAAGCAGAAGUUUUUAAUAAGCUCUUAGAAAUGAAACCUGGAAAACUAUUGACUCUUCUCCCAAGUGGGUAUGAUAUUCCAGGCAGCUCAAUGAUGAUUACAUCUGAGAGCCCUGCGUUUGAAACAUUUAGAGGCAACAUGUAGCAACAGAGGUACAUCUUGGUGUGCAGUAUUUACUUUCUCUUAUAGAAGACACAAUUGACCCUUAUUUAACAUGGUUGGAAAGUUAAAGCAGUACUAAUUAGCCAAGGAUGGAUUUUUGGUAAUACCGGAAGAAUUAGUUUUUAAUUCAUUUUUAAAAUCAACUCAAAUCGCAUAUUAUAUGCUUGGAUUUGGGGAGCUUAAAAGAAGCUGAUUAUCAUGUGAUUAUAAAUACCUGAUCAACAGGUAUGAAUAUAAUUUACACCAGCAUAUUUUUGUCAUGGUCAUAAAAUGUCCUAUAAACUAUUUAUACAUUUUUUUUCCUCAUAACUAUCCAAUACAUAAACAUCAUUUGUUCAUUUUUGAAAGGGUAUUUAAAUAAGCAUUUUCUAGUUCAUAUGAAAAUAACCAUAGUACAGGAUGAUUUCUGUCUGUACAAAGGUAAGUUAGACUGUACAGUUAAUUUUCAGUUAUAUUUAUGGUACUGUUACAUGGGUAAUACCUUUUUCUUUUAAGCCCAGUAUAUAUAUUAUGCCUGCCUAAGCUCUGAAGUGGGGCUAUAUUUCAGUAGUUGUAGAAUCAUUGAUAUUAAUUAGUUUUGAUAGUUAAUGUUUUAUUGUUUGGGUCUGAACAGUUUGGUUUUUGCACAAAAGUCAUUUUAAUAAACCUGAAUAAUUGCCAAAUAUUAGAAGAAAGAUUUUCUUCAAGUGAAGAAUACAGUUUUUAGUCAAAGUGGCCAUUACCUCUUCCUUUUUUGUAAUAAUACAGACACUUGAAUAAGUUGUUUUUGUGUCACAUGCCAAGAAAAUUUUUUCAUUGGUGCCUAUACUGUAAUAAUUACUUUUAACACAUUGUAUUUUGAAGUAAUAGUUCAGUUAAAUUUUUCACCUGCUAUGUAACUGAAACUCAAUUACAGUUUAUAAUUUGUAGAGGUCUGGUGGUAAUUUUGCAGCUCAUAUCAUGUAUCAAAUGAAUAUUUUUGUAAAAAUAAAAGCAACAAAUUUUUAAAUUGAUUAUUUGAAACUGUACAGCACAGCUGCACCAUAGAUAGAAAAUUGUAUUGCUUAUUCAUUAUAGUUAUUAGUCCUGUAAACUGUUUCUGGGUAAGCAAACUUCAGUGUUUUACGGGGGGGGUUAAAAAUAAAUAUUUAAAUUUCCUGGU